CCUAAAAAUACAAAUCAAAUACAUAUAUUUUUUUUUCGUGGACUUGCUUUGCUGCUUUUGCUUUUUCGAAUCCUAUUAAGAUUUUACUUCUACAAUUAUUUAUUGAUUCGGAUUCAGACAAGAACCCACGGGAAGGGCUGAUUUGAGGGUGAGUAAUUAGCAUACUGACUCGCCUUCUUCCUUCCCUUUUUUAGUCCAACGAACCCCUAGAAAGUUUUUAAAAAGUGUUGCAAAAAACUAGGUAUUUGGCAAUUGCCAUAAGACCUGGUAUCUAAUUCUAAUAAGGAUCAUUUUCUUGUGGGAAAUCCUCCAAUUGACCAAUUUCAUUUAAAUAAAAUCAAUAUACAAUAUCGAAAUAUUUUGAUAUUUCUAUUAAUAUAUUGAAAAAUGAAAUAGUAAAAAAUUCAAAUAGAAUGAAUAUAGAAAUCGAAUUCUAAAUGAUUAUAUUAGAUUUCUAUUAAUAUUAGAUUCUAUUAAUAUAAUAAUAUUAAACAAUUAAUAGAAUUAAUAAUAAAUAAUUAAAUAAUAGAUUAAUGAUUAAUAAAAAAAAUUGACAAAAAAUAGAAAUCAUAGAAAGAUAAUUAAUCUAUCUAUAAGAGGAGAUGAUAUCAUAUGAAAAAUAUAACCGAUUCUUUCCUUUCUUUGGGUUACUGGCCAUCCGCCGGGAGUUUCGGGUUUAAUACCGAUAUUUUAGCAACAAAUCCAAUAAAUCUAAGUGUAGUGCUUGGUGUAUUGAUCUUUUUUGGAAAGGGAGUGUUAAGUGAUUUAUUAGAUAAUCGAAAACAGAGAAUCUUGAAGACUAUUCGAAAUUCAGAAGAACUACGGGAAGGGGCCAUUGAACAACUGGAAAAAGCCCGGGACCGGUUAAGGAAAGUAGAAAUGGAAGCAGAUCGGUUUCGAGUGAAUGGUUAUUCUGAGAUAGAACGAGAAAAAUUGAAUUUGAUUAAUUCAAUUUAUACGACUUUGGAACAAUUAGAAAAUUACAAAAAUGAAACCAUUCGUUUUGAACAACAAAGGGUGAUUAAUCAAGUCCGACAGCGGGUUUUCCAACAAGCCUUACAGGGAGCUCUAGGAACUCUGAAUAGUUGCUUGAACAACGAGUUACAUUUACGUACCAUCAGUGCUAAUAUUGGCAUGUUUGGGACGAUGAAAGAAAUAAAAUAA